AUGUCAGAAAGCCUCUACUCAGAAGAACUGAGGGCAGUGCCUCAGGACCAGCGACUACGGUCGGAAGGUCAAUGGAGAGUCUGGAUAGGCCAUAUACGAUCAGCAGCUAUCUCCGAAGAUGUGUGGGAAUACUUGAAUCCAGAUCUUUCCGAAGAGAGCGUACGACAGGUUCCGGAGGCCGCCCAAGAGCCUCAACCUAGCAGUAUUCGCGAAGACGUGGAGGAUGAGUUUGAACUCACAGAGAAGGAAUUUACCCAGUGGACUCGACGCAUUCAAGCCUACGAUAGACGUGAGACUCAACGGGUGCGUCUGCUGAAGGUGAUGGCACGCAUGAACAGUCUAAUCACACGUUCUCUCGCAACCGAGUAUCACUAUCUCACUGUCGAUGAGGUUUCGCCGCAUCAGAAACUUGUCAGGCUAGCUCGUGAAUUCAAGCCAAAGCCAGAGACCCGGACCGAAGAGCUUCGACUUGCGUGGAGAGCCAUGAUCAAACAACCAGCGAAUAACGUCAAUACAGAUCACUGGCUCACUCAGUGGACGAGUCUAUAUGAGGAAGCAAAGUGUGCAGAUGUGCCUGAUGUGGUAUACAGUGUCAAGUACGCUAUCCGAGACUUCCUGCGCGCUAUUCAGCCUAUAGAUGACGUAUUCUGCACCGCGUGGCAGGAGAAAAUCCUCAUACACGAUAUAUCCUUCCAUGACGUUAUCUCCUCCUACCGAUCACGUCGUAAGGCUCUUGGACAGUCGGCGAAGAAGGGAUCGUCGAAGGUUGCACUUGCCACGCUAGAUGGUCAGCAUGAGGCGAAACUUGGUCAAAAUAAGUCCAAACCACCGGAGAGAACGUACCGUACACGGUGCCCGUGUGGUAAUGGCGCCCAUACGUAUCAGCAGUGCUACUAUCUCAACAAAUCGCUGAGGCCAGAAGGCUGGAACCCGAACGAAGCUGUGGAGAAGAAAAUCCCUGAAUUCAUCAAGAGGAUGAGUCUCCAGGACCAGGAAGCCAUCGCAAAGCUAGCCAAGACCGAAUCAGCUCAGUUUGCAGCCUCAGAAGAUCAACGGUCGAUCGAACAGAUCAUCUCUAUGUUUUCGCAUGAUCUUGCGGUACAAGCGGCGCAAGAGAGUGAUGAGUUUCCGCUAAAGAAUAGCUGGAUCGUUGAUACCGGCGCGAAUACUCACAUCAGCAACGAUCGCGAGAGAUUCGUCUCAUUCACUCCUGCUGACUACACUGUCAUCACCGGAGACGCUUCUACAAGAAUUCAAGGCUUUGGAACGGUGAGAGUGAACCUCACAGACCCCGAGACCGGAAAGACCUCUAUCGGAGAGGUCUCGGACGUACGGUAUUCGCCAGGAUUCCACACGAACCUACUAUCCGCGUCGAGACUGAAGAGCAAGGGAUUCAUCAUGAACAUCGAGUUACUAGCACUCGUUCACUGCGGUCAGCCUAUUGCAAAGCUCGAGGAGAAAUGUGGGCUAUACGUACUCGAAUACCGGCCAAUUCCGGCUGGGUUCGCGACAGUCAAGCAUUCACAAAAACCACUAAUAUCCUCAGCCACGGCCGAGCGUUGGCAUCAACGCCUAGGUCAUAUGUAUGAUCAGCGUAUCCAGAAACUUGCAGAACUCGUUGAUGGAAUCAAGAUCACUGGUCAACAUAUCGAUAAUGCUAUCGGCAAUCCUGAGAGAUGUGAAGUCUGUCAAAUGACUAGCGCAAAGCGCCAAAUCUCGAGAAGAGUUCAUGGAACCAAGUACGGCAGAUAUGGUCGAAUUCACUUUGACCUUGUGCGGAUCGAGACAGCAUACAACGAUGAUAAGUGGAUGACACACUUCUACGUCGAAGGGAUACGCUUACAUGCCGCCUCUACACACGAGAAGAAGAGUGGUUGUCAGGAUGCAGUCAAGCAUUUUGUCGCGUUCGCAAUAACACAAUUGAAGCUGCCAAUUCGAGCCUUUCGCUAUGAUAACGAGCGCGCUGCCGGCCGCACGGUAGAAGAUUUCCUUCGUGAAUGUGGCUUCAUCGUGGAACACAGUGUGGUGGGCACACCAGAGAUGAACAGCUUCACCUUACUGCUAGAAGCAGGCCUUCCGAAGGCUCUCUGGCCAGAAGCCGUCAAAGCAGCUAUAUACAUCAUCAACAGAUCGCCCACUAAGCUUCCAAACGGUCAGUGGAUUAUUCCAUACGCUGAGGCAACAGGAAUCGACCACGCACAGCCAAAACAACGCAUCAACCUCUCAAAUCUGCGGCUAUACGGAUGUCGCGCUUACGUGCGCCGUCAGGAUAUUCCAAAGAGCCACAAGAUGGAGCCGCGCGCGGAUAUCGGAUAUCUAGUAGGCUACACAGCCUCGAACAUCUGGCGAGUGUGGUUUCCGCGCAGAGGAGCCGUGCGAGAGGUCAGGGACGUAGUAUUCGAUGAGAAUCUACGAUAUGACCCCAAAGAACUAGAAAAGCCACCUAUUAGCGACGUAAUCGAAGCUAUGCCAUGGGAAAUUGGUGAAGACGAGCAUGAGGAUAUCGAGCAGCUCACACAGCUUGACAACCAGCCAGAAACAAACGAGCCAGCUAGUGAGAGUACUCAGCAGUCACCAGAGGCCAUACCGGACGUUCAACGCCAGGAAAAUGCCUUUGAACCACCAAAGUCACCAGGCCAACCUCAACAGACGGUCACACCGUCUCUAACACCCUCGGCAGAGCCACAGCUUCUGCCGGCGCCUCAGACGCAGCAAUCAUCUCAAGGAGCAUUUCCCGGAGAUCGAAGGCCCGCACAACAUGAGACAGCACAUCCAAGAGCACCAAGGGAUAUCGUUGGAGAUGUAUCGGAUCAAAACAUCGUCACUGGAGCACGGAACAGGAAACCAGUGGACCAGGCAUUUACCGCCGUGCUAGAAGAGCCAGAAGACUAUCAUGAAGGUGUCUUAGCAGCGUUCGCAACAGGACUAAACGCUCCUCACCUUCAUAACCUCGUGCACCGCGAUGAUCUGCCUUCAGAGCCUCAGAACUGGAAGGAGAUGAUCAACCAUCAAUAUCACAAGGGGUUUCUUGCCGCUGCAGGCCUUGAAGUUGACACACUAGCUCGCAAAAGCACCUUCGAGGUAGUACAGCGUCCAACAGACCGCAGCAUUCAGAUCCUACCUCUCAAAUGGGUCUUCACUUAUAAAUUUGAUAGCAAUGGGUUCCUGAGCAAGCUGAAAGCGAGGCUAUGCAUUCACGAGUACCAGGAGAAGGUUGGCUCAGCCCAAUAUGCAACGACAAUCACUAGACCGGACUCGGCGAAAGCGACGGCUACACUCGCUCAAUUCCUCACAAAUCCCGGUCCCCAGCACCUUGAUGCGAUCAAUAGAGUCAUCUCGUACCUUUACAACACUCGGACAUCGGCGAUCGCGUACAGAGCGCGCGAUCGAUCACAGAAAAAUAGUCAGAUACCAGAGGCAGUUCAGUUCUUUAGCGACGCCUCAUUCGCCGAUAAUCCUGAUCGAAAAAGCUCUGAAGGAUACACAUGUAUGAUGUUUGGAGGACCUGUCGAUUGGAAGGCCAGCAAGCAGCGUACGGUGACUACCAGUACAACCGAAGCUGAGCUCCUUGCGAUUUCAGAAGCUGCCAGGACUGUGGCCAUGUGGAAACGGCUAUUCAAAGCAAUACGCUUCGAUCCUGAGCACGAGCUAAGCAUCAGAUGCGACAACCAACAGACUAUCGGGAUUCUCGAAAAAGAAACACCUCAACUGCGCACGAAGCUCCGCCAUAUUGACAUACACCAGCACUGGCUUCGGCAAGAAGUUCAGAGCAAGCGCAUCAACGUACACUGGGUGAGAACCGCCGAUAUGAUAGCUGAUGGUCUCACAAAGCUACUACCCCGCCAAAAGCAUCUCGGUUUCAUGCAAUCGAUGGCAUCCCCUGGGAAUGUGACAUACUAUAAUAUGGUUCUUCUAGGUCAUAAGCAGACGCCUUGGUCUCCGUAG